UGCAUGUAUAUAUAUAUACACGUAUAUAUAAUAAAAUAUAAUUGAUAUGUUUAACGGGACUAAACGUGCGCCGUGGAAACCAUCGUAGUGACGCAUCGUGAAAUAACUUCAAUUGAUUUUGUUCAUAGUUUAGCAAUCUGUUACGUCAGCUAGUGCGAUAACUUAUAUUUGUGUUUGGUGUUUGAUAAAUCUUUUAUAAAAAUUGUUUGUCGAAGUUACCGAAGAUUAAACGUAUUUUAACGGCAAAGAUUUUGACGAAGGAAAAUCUGUCCGCCAUGGAAGCAGUUACGAUAGAAGGAGAAAAUUAUGAAGUUGUUGAUGAGUGUUUGGAAGAAGAUGACUUAUUAAAUACUCAAAACAAAUUAAAAAAUAUGAAGAAUCCGGAAGAACGUAACGCCAAAAAUCCUAUAGAAAUAAAAAUGUCAAAUAGUGAUUUAUUUGAAAAUAUAGAAAUAGACAUAGAAGAUAAUGCAGAAAUAGAAUGUAAUAUUACUUCUGAUAUCAAAGAAAAAAAAGUAGAAAGUAAUGUUUCAGCUAUAGAAAUUAUAGAAAUAAAUCCGGAAGAAGAUAAGAAUUCUAUUGAUUUUACUAUAGAUGUUCCUUUAGAUCAAUUAAACGAACAUAAAGAUUUAACCGAUGAAGAGGUUAUGCAUCAUCUUGAUGAAAUAGAAAAUAUUGUAUUAGAUCCUACUUUUAUAGAUUCAGAUAAUAAACGGCUAUUCAAAACCAAAAAUUUAUCUGAACAUAUUCUUAACAAAGAUCAAGAAGAAGAUAAAAAAAACAUCGAAUGUAUAGAUAUUUCAUCUCCGGAUAAUAAACAAAUUGACGAGAAUGAAAAAACUAUAUCGGAAGAAAAAGAAUUAGAUAAUACGGAAACGUAUAAUACAGAAAUACAUUGGUAUGAAAAAAAGCUUGCGGAAAAAGUAGCAACGAUAAAGGAACGAAUGUCAAAGUUAGCUCGUGUUUUAGAAUUUUCUUAUCCAGUCUAUCAGAAAUGGCUAGAAUGGACAGAAAAAGUACAUGGAUCACCAAUAUGUAAAUUAGAAGCAGCACGUCAUUGUCCAUUAGACAAACCUCAUACUAAUCGUUGGAAAUUUAUCUGCAGCAGAAAGAAUCUGCAGGAGGUAUCAAAGGAGGAGGAUGCAUCUAUUAACAAGAGUACAGAAACAGUGUGGCGACUGGAACCAACUGGAGCAUGGGGUGUUAAUACUGAUAAUAUCUCCGAGUUUCCGCCUUUUGUAUUGCGCGCAGUUAAGAUAUUCGAGAACUUUCUUCAAUCUGUACAGACAGAGGAAUCUCAACUCUCUGCUGAACAAUUUUCUAGCGACACGUGUAUAGAAAUUGAUCAGAAAAAAGAAACAAGCACUGAAGCAAAACAACAAUGGCUUUGGCUUGUAGUAAGGUGUAAUAGUAUGGAUGAACUUAUGCUAUUUGUAACUGGAAAAAAUAUCAGUCGCGGUACCAUGGAUCGUUUGAAACAAGUGUACGAAUCUGGAUCUGGAAAAGAUUGCAACGUUAAGUCACUGUAUUGUAAAUCUGUGAAUAAAUGCAAUGACACAAUUGUCACGAAUACGACAUUUUUGGUGGGAUCGGAAGCUUUGGAUGAAAUUGUUGGGGGUAUAAAAAUACAAUUAGCUCCAAAAACGAAUUUUUGGUCUAAUCCUGCAGGUGCAGAAAACGUAGCGAAAACGGUAAUAGAUUUAUUGUCACCAACACCAACAACAACGGUUCUUGAAGUUGGAUGUGGAAUUGGUCUGAUUGGAUUGAUGAUGGCGUCCAAAUGUCGACAAAUUAUUGGAGUUGAUUCCCAGUCAGAAGUCGAAGAAGCAGAAAUGACGUGCGAGUUGAAUAACAUAAAUAAUGCUUCUUUUAUAAUGGGUUCACCAUCCGAAGUUACAGAUGUGAUAGCUAAUUCAUUAAAAAAUUGCAAAUCUUCUGCCAUCAUUAAUGCAAAUACCAAUAUCGGACGAGCAAUUGACAUUAUGAUAUGUCUACGAAAAAUUUCUUCGUUAAAACGAUUAGUAAUGAUAACUACCUUAACGAAACAAUCUGUACGCGCUAUAUUAGAAUUGGUUAGACCUGCUAAUCGAGUCAUUGGAAAUCCAUUUAUGCCUGUCAAAGCGUGUGUAGUCGAUACAUUACCGGUUGGCCCACAUUUUGAAGUGAUAAUUUUAAUGGAACGACAUUUUAUGCUUAAACUCAAACAGCCGUGGCAUCCUAAAGCAUCAGAACAGUCAACAAAUGCUAGUAACAGUGCUAAUAGUAUGCUAAUAAUUAAAGAAAAUCCGAUCGAGUCAUCUUCUAUGCCUGAUACCAAAAAGGCAACUAAAAAGACUGUUGAUAAAAAGACAGGAUUUAAUCGUUCGAAAGGAAAAUUGAAAGGAAAACGUGCUCAUUCUCCGGAAACAAAUGAAGGCCCAGCGAGAAAGUUCGCCAAAAAAUUUGAAAAAAUUGUUUUCAAGCCAUGGCGAGGUGAUUCGUCGAGGAAAAAAGAUAGAGCGGAAGAGCUUUCUCAGUUUCGUAUUAAUCCUAUGUAUGAAAAAAAGGUAAGGGACAACAAUGAUCAAACUGAUCUAAGAGAGCGAUUAUCCAAUAAUCGCGUUGAUCCUGAAAUUGUAAAUAAAGUGAAAGAACAGCAAGCGAUUUUGGACAUAGCGAAAGAAAAAUUAAGUGGAUCUUCUUCUACGGUAGACGUAACGACUGCUAAACAAUUACAAGACAUGUUAAAUAUGGUUCUUGAACAAACGAACAAACUUCAGAGUCAAUUACCACGUUCAGUUUGGGAUCGUAUUGCACCUCCUGAAACAGCUGAAUAUUCGAGUGGUAAAAAAGAUGAUCAGCCUGAUCCGUUACUUAAAGGACGUUACAUACAAGAGAUCGGUGCAAAAGAUAUUUUAAUAACUAAGGAAAAUAAGAAAUUUUUAGAAAAUGAGGAAGAAGAAUUAUAUAAGAUAAAUCCAAUGUACAAGAAAUAUGGGACUAUAUCAUCAAUAGAAUCAAAUAUGCUCGUGCCAUUGACAAACGAUAUACCCAUGUUGAAUAGAUCUUUACAAAAGUCAUCACCAGAACGUUAUCAUGGGCCGGAUAUUUCUAAACAACAUUUUGUAGAAAUGCCUUGGAACAGAGACAAAGGUUUUGAAAAAAAUCGUUGGGGCGAAUCUUCUAAUAGCGGGAGGAAACAGACUAUGUCGCCUAUGAGAAAGCACGUAUCUCCGAUGAGACAUCGAUUGUCUCCUUCAAGAAGGUUUUCACCGAAACGUCCACUCUUGUCUCCGCCAAGACGACCACUUUCUCCCCCUAGAAGGCAUAUGUCUCCUCUUAGACGUCCUAUAUCUCCCUUCAGGUCGCGUAAUAGCUUAAUAAGUCGUCCUUUUUCUCCACAAAAUCGUCCAAUGUCAGGAUCAAGACGUCCCUUGUCACCACCUAGACGACUAAUGUCACCACCAAGACGACUUAUGUCUCCACCUAGACGUACACUUUCACCACUGAUUCGUCCAGUAUCACCCAGAAGACAUAUGUCUCCACUAAAACAACACGUAUCCUCAAUGAGAACUAUAACCCCACCGAGAAGACAAAUUUCUCCUGUAAGACAUCAAAUAUCUCUAUCAAAGAGACAUCUAUCACCAUCUGGAAGAAUAAUAUCUCCGUCGCGUCGAGAUAUGCAAAGUGGUAAAAGAUUGUUAAUGCAACAAGAGAGACAACAUCAACCUCCUAUGCGACUAGAAGGAUCCUUUCGAAUCGUUUCGUCGCGUCGUCCUAUGUCACCUCUAAGACGUCAAUCAUCACCACCUAGACGUCAAAUAACACCUCCUAGAAGAUUCGCUGACGACUGGGACAUACCCAGUCGUGGUGCAAUAGAACAGAAUAGUUGGCAUCUUAACAGUAGAAUACCCGAUAAAUCCUGGCGCGAUGAAAGACAAUCUUCUAAUUCCAAUUGGGACCAACAAGCUUCUAGUAAUAGAUAUCAUAAUACUGUAAAUCAAGAUAAGUGGGAUAUUAAAGACUCUUCUCAAAAUAAAAUGAGAAUUUCUAGUGGGGGAGAUAUAUGGAAUGUCAAACAGUCGUCAACGAUGCAAGGUUUAAAAGAUCCCUGGGCUACGAGCUCAGACAACAGGUGGUCAGGACCUUCGAAUUCGUCAUUAAAUAAUGAUAAUUGGAAUAUUCGAGGAAAGGAAAGUUUUGGUAGCAGAGACGAAUCAUGGAUGGAUAAGAAUAAGAACAGAUGGGAUUCAUCGAUGCAUAAGGAUUCUUGGAAUCAACAAGGAGAUAAAGACGAUUGGAACGAUCUUCCAGAAGAUGCAAGGGAUCCAUGGGGUGACGAUAAUAGUAGUAUUGGCCUAAAAGAACGAUGGCAGAAAUUUGAUACACCUAGUACGUCCGGUUGGGGAAGAGAACACGAAAAAAUGGAUUCAUGGUCCAAUCAAAAAGAUAAUUGGCAGAACAAAGGACAAUCUGCUGGAACUUCCAAAUCUAUAUGGCAAAGCAAUAACAAUCAAAAUAUGGGAGAUUCGCGUUGGAUUACUCAAAGUGAUAUUUCAAAAAAGCUACAAUCUUCUAAUUGUCAAAGUGGAAAUAGUACAUUAGGAUCAUGGCAGCAACAGUCUAUCUUUAAUUUUCAAUCUCAGCGUUCUUUUACUAUGACUCAGUUUAAAGAUCAUUGCUAAUUACAAUUUUCUUUUUUCCUUCUCAUUGCCCAUAGAAAAUUUGCGUUUAAUUACUUAUUCUCAAAUGACUUAGAAUUUAUUUGAUCAGUUCGAAGUGUUCGAUUAACAUUUGUUUGAAAUUUGUUAUUUAAGGUAAGCGAUAAAAAAAGACCGGAAGCAAGAAGUAAAAAAGUAAAAUAUUUUACUACAUCUUUUUUUAUUUUACGACAAAUAUUCAUGCAAUAAAAUCUUCCGAUUGUUUGCACUUUUUUUUUUUAUUACCUUACACGACAUAACGUACCAAUAUUAUAAACAUUUUCAAACAAAUGUCGCAUUCAUGAAAAGAUAAUGAUUGCGCAUACUAUUAAAACACUUAUUAUAAUCGUUCUUUCGUAUUAAUAAUGUUAUAGUAAUGUACACGUUAUAUUCACGAAUAAAAAAAAUGUAUCGCUAUUUCUGAAGUUUUAAUUAAAGGCUUCAAUUGUAUAAAAGAAAAAGAAAUGAAGUUAUGUAAUC